UCGCGCCGCUGCCGCUGCCGCUUCCGCUUCCGGCCGAGGCCGCGGGAAGAUGGCGGCGGCCAUGGCCGCGCGGGCCGUGCGGGUCGGCCUCGGGCGGCUGGCGUCCGCCUGCAGCCGCAGCGUCCUGAGCGCGUCGGGGCCGGGAGCGGCUUCCCCGGGGUCGGCUUCCCGAAGGUUCGGUUCACAGAGCACUUCAGUUCCACAAGGGUACGUUCCUGAAACGUCGCUGAGUUCACCGCCUUGGCCAGAAAUUGUUCUGCCAGACCCAGCUGAGGAGACCAGACAGCACGCAGAGGUUGUGGGGAAGGUGAACGAGCUGAUCGCCACCGGCCAGUACGGCAGGCUCUUCGCCGUGGUGCACUUUGCCAGCCACCAGUGGAAGGUGACCUCCGAGGACCUUAUUUUAAUUGACAAUGAAUUAGACGUCGCGUGUGGGGAGAGGAUCCGGCUGGAGAAGGUGCUGUUGGUGGGAGCCGACAACUUCACGUUACUUGGCAAGCCGCUCCUCGGAAAGGAUCUCGUUCGGGUAGAAGCCACAGUCAUUGAAAAGACAGAAUCAUGGCCAAAAAUCAAUAUGAAAUUUCAGAGAAGGAAAAACUACAGGAGGAAGAAAGUUAUCGUGAACCCACAGACUGUCCUCCGGGUGAACACCAUUGAGAUCGCUCCGUGUUUGUGUUGAUCGCGAAGCUACUAUUUACAGAGUAUAAAAAUAAACUCCCGUUUUCCGGA